AUGGAUGCGUGGAUGCAGAAGAGAAUAAACAACGUGUGUAGCGUGGUGGUUUGCGUGCUGCUGCUGGAGGCUUUCAACCCAGCCCCACUCACUCAAAAGCCUGGGCCAGAGGAGCGGCAGGAGGGAGAGACCUACCCCGGCGCGGAUAAUCCUUGGAGUGACGCAGCGCGCAGCCAAUCAGAGGCGCCGCUGGAGGAAAGAGGGGUUGGGGGCGGGGCCAAGCCAGGCGAGGGAUCCGCGAGAGAGAGAUGGUUUGUGAGAGAGGAGCGCACACUGUGUUUGGUUUGUGGAGGCUUUUGUUUGGGGGAAGACAAAACGGUCUGA